CACCGAGCCGGUGUCUGACGGAACAGGGGGCAACCGCAUACUGGGAAACCAGAUAGAUUCGCCUCCUUUGUCGGAGAUAAAUGCCGUCCUAGUCAGCACGAGUGCCGAGAUCAACCCAAGUCUGGGGGCCGAGCAGGCUCGCCUCGAUCUGAGGGACGACCGCACACUGAGCAAUCAGACAGGUCCACUCCCUCUGGUUGAAGAUGACGCCGGCCAGGCGGGAGAAGGGUCCGGUGCUGACCUGGACCAAGAUAGGGGCCGGAGAGCCGGGAAGGAGCCGGUCGCAAAAAAAGAUGAGCUCGACCCCUGCACGCAAUACGAAGAGAAGAGGGGGACCAAAAGAGCCGAGCCAAUGGACGAAGUUGAGAUCAUUUUCAUUGAUGAAGAGACUUGCAAAAAGCAGCUCCGGAUUGGGAGUAGGUUACCGGAACCGCUGAAGACCGAACUAAUCAAAUUCCUUCGGGAAGACGCGGAUGUUUUCGCAUGGACCCACGAGGACAUGGUCGGCAUCGACCCGAAAGUUGCCUGCCACAGACUUCAGGUCGACCCCACAGUCAAACCCGUGGUACAGAAAUGGAGAAAGCUCGGCCCCGAUAGCCAACAGGCCCUCGAAGAGGAGGUGAUAAAGUUGAAGGACAACGAAUAUAUCCAGGAGGUCCGAUACCCGACCUGGGUCGCCAACCCGGUCCUCGUGAAAAAGAGCAACGGGGCAUGGCGCUUAUGCAUAGACUUUUUCGAUCUGAACAAGGCGUGUCCCAAAGAUAGCUACCCCUUGCCCCACAUCGAUUAUAUGGUGGAUGCCACCUCGGGACACGAGUUGAUGAGCUUCAUGGACGCGUACUCAGGAUAUAAUCAAAUACCCAUGCACCCCGACGACGAAGAGCACACGUCCUUCUACUCGGCACGUGGGCUCUACUGUUACACGAUGAUGUCGUUCGGACUAAAGAACGCCGGGGCAACCUACCAACGUCUUGUUAACAAGAUGUUCGCUAGUUUGAUAGGCGUGAGCAUGGAAGUGUAUGUAGAUGAUAUGUUAGUCAAAUCCGUGUACGUGUCUGAUCAUGUUAACGAUCUCAAUAAAAUGUUUUCUAUUUUGCGUGAUUAUUCGAUGAAAUUAAAUCCCAAAAAAUGUACGUUUGGUGUCGGGUCGGGGAUAUUCUUGGGAUAUAUUGUUAGUCAACACGGCAUCGACGCAAACCCCGAAAAUAUCCAGGCAGUGCAUGACCUCCAACCACCGACCUCGAUCAAGGGAGUCCAGAGUCUAACCUGCAAACUCGCCGCCUUAAGCCGGUUCCUCUCCAAAUCGCCGGAUUGGUGCAAACCCUUCUUCAACGCAAUCAAGAAAAAUCGCAAGUUUGAAUGGACCCCCGACUGCCAAAAAGCACUAGAAGCCAUUAAAGAGACCCUCUGCCGGGCUCCGAUGAUGCAAAGGCCUCGUCCAGGAGAAACGCUCUAUCUUUACCUGGGAGUAUCCGAAGUGGCCGUAAGUGCCGCCCUGAUCCGCGAAGAGAACUCUUGUCAAUACCCGGUCUACUACGUGAUUAAGGCACUCCACGAUGCCGAGCUGCGUUACGCACCUAUGGAGAAACUCGCUUUCGCGCUGGUGACUGCUGCCCGGAAGCUGAGGCCGUAUUUCCUAGAGUAUUCAAUCGCCGUUCUCACCUCCUACCCCAUUAGACAGAUCCUACACCGGCCGGACACCUCCGGUCGGAUGGUGAAGUGGGCGGUGGAGCUGGGGCAGUAUGACAUCCACUACCGACCCCGAACAGCAAUGAAGGGGCAGGUACUCUCGGACUUCAUAGCGGAAUUCACGCCGGGAGUUGAAGAAGCAAAAACUGAGGAGCCGUGGGUGAUGUACGUGGACGGGUCCUCCGUUGCCGGACGAGCAGGCGGAGGAGUCGUCCUCGUAGAUCCCCAGAAAAAACUCUUCUGUCAUUCGAUCCAAUACCUUUUCCUGGCUACCAACAACGAAGCCAAAUACGAAUCAUUGUUGUCCGGGCUCGACCUGGCAAAAGUCAUGAGCUUAACCGACCUAAUCAUAUAUUCCGACUCUAUGUUGAUGGUCAAGCAAAUCUCUGGAGAAUUCGAAGUUAAAGAGCCGAGACUG